AUGUUGACACAGCAAGAGUUGGUGGAGCGGAUGCGGGAGUGGGCCGUCCGGGUUACUCCGCAACGGUUGGCCAUUGCAGAAGUGGUUCUCAAUUCUCAAGACCAUCCCACGGUACAGCAGAUCUACGAAAGGGUGCGUGAUCACUUCCCAUCGAUGACGCUUGCAACCAUAUACUCGACGCUGGGUGUGCUGCAGAAGAGCGGGUUGAUCCAAGAGCUUCCUUUCCAGCGCCAAUCGCGCUACGAGCCCAACAUGGAACCCCACGUAAACCUUGUUUGCAUCGAGUGUGAAAAUGUCAUCGAUGCCGACACCUCAAGCGACGUCCACGACAUGGUCGUGAGUCUGCGCAACAGCGUCACCGAGAGGUCCGACUUUGAGGUGGGCUGGCAGAGGGUGGAUUUCUACGGCCUUUGCCCGCGCUGCUCAGCGGCCAAACGACGCGGAGAGUUGGCGGAGGUAUAG